GCGCCGCCAUGUUGGUGAGGGCAAUAACGGCGCCCGGGCUGCGCCGGUGGUGCCAGAGCCAGCGGGGCGCGGCCGCCGCCUGUUUCCCGCUGGGCCGGGCGCUGCUGGGCGUGAGGGGCGCCGAGGCCGCCGCCUUCCUGCAGGGGCUGCUCACCAAUGACGUCACGCAGCUGGUGGCGGACGGCGACGCCCCCCCCGCGCUCUACGCGCACGCGCUGAACGUGCAGGGCCGCUGCCUGUAUGACGUCAUCCUGUACAGGCUCCACGGGAGCACAGCAGAGGAGCCUCACAUCCUGCUGGAGUGCGACAGCAGCGUCCUGGACUCCAUCCAGCAGCACCUGAAACUCUACAAGAUCCGCAGGAAAGUCACCAUCAGCCCCUGCCCCGAACUGUCCCUGUGGGCUGUCCUCCCUGGGGACACCAGCUCCCCCCCCAAAUGUGCAGACCAGGCUCUGCUCCUCACCCCUGACCCCAGGGCAGAAGUCAUGGGCUGGAGACUGAUUGCAAAGAAAGGAGCAAAUCUGGCAGAGAUUAUCCCUGGCAGCCAGCUUGGAGAUGUGCAGGAUUACCACAGGCACAGGUAUAAACAAGGAAUCCCUGAGGGGGUGAAGGAUCUCCCCCCUGGCGUCGCGCUGCCCCUGGAAUCCAACCUGGCCUUCAUGAACGGCAUCAGCUUCACCAAGGGCUGCUACAUCGGCCAGGAGCUGACGGCGCGCACCCACCACAUGGGGGUGAUCCGCAAGCGCCUGCUGCCCGUCACCUUCCCGGGGCCGCUUCCCGCCGCGGGCGUCCCCGAGGGCGCCGACAUCCUCACGCAGGCCGGGAAACGCGCGGGCAAGUUCCGUGCCGGAGGGGGAGAGCUGGGCAUCGCCCUGCUGAGGCUGGCUCACCUCCACGAGCCGCUCCGCAUCCCCCUGGACGGCGACAGCGUGGAGCUCAGGGCCGCCACGCCCGAGUGGUGGCCGAAAGGGGCCGCGAAUGCUACUUUCAGUGGGAACACAGGAACAGAAGUGCCACCACCACCAAAACCACCUGAAUUUCAGUGAAUUAUUUGAGAUACCAAACCCCCAGGGAUACAAGAGGUGUAAAGUCCUUUCACUGUGAAAUACGAUGCAAUUGUAA